AUGGGGAGCGCGGCGCCGGGGGGCGGCCCGUGGGUGCUGCGGGCGCUCACCGGGUGCCUGCUGGGCGCGCUGGUGCUGGGCACGCUGCUGGGCAAUGCGCUCGUGUGCCUCGCCAUCCUGCGCUUCCGCCACCUCCGCAACAAGGUCACCAACUGGUUCGUGCUGUCACUGGCCAUCUCGGACCUCUGCGUGGCCCUUUUGGUGAUGCCCUGGAAGGCGGUCACUGAGGUGGCUGGAGGCUCCUGGCUCUUUGGCAGCCACUUUUGUGACACCUGGGUGGCCUUCGACAUCAUGUGCUCCACCGCCUCCAUCCUGCACCUCUGCAUCAUCAGCCUGGACCGGUACUGGGCCAUCGCCAGCCCCUUUCGCUAUGAGCGCAGGAUGACGCAGCGCCUCGCUUGCGCCAUGAUAGCCAUGGCCUGGGCUCUCUCCAUCCUCAUCUCCUUCAUCCCCGUGCAGCUGCACUGGCAUAAAGCCAAGGACAGUAGAGACUCAGGCUCCUGGCUACCUGCGACACCCCGCUGCGAUGUCAGGUUGAACCGCACUUAUGCCAUCACCUCCUCCCUUAUCAGCUUCUACAUCCCCGUGGCCAUAAUGAUCAUCACCUACACCAGGAUCUACAGAAUUGCCCAGGCCCAGAUCCGCCGCAUCUCCACCCUUGAGAGAGCAGGGGGGCAGUGGCCAGCUCCUGGCAAGGAGCCCACGUCCUCUCUGCGGCGUUCCUUGCGCAAGGAGACCAGGGUGCUGCAGACCCUUUCUAUCAUAAUGGGAGUCUUUGUUUGCUGCUGGCUGCCCUUCUUCCUGCUGAAUUGCCUGCUGCCUUUCUGCCAGCCCAGCCUCCAGGAGGACCCUGAAGGGCAGCCACUCUGUAUCGGCCAAACCACCUUCAACGUCUUUGUGUGGUUUGGCUGGGCCAACUCUUCACUGAAUCCAGUCAUCUAUGCUUUCAACGCAGACUUCAGGAGGGCUUUCAGCAAUCUCUUGGGCUGCCAGUGCUGCUGCACACCUGAAUCCCCUGUGGAGAGGGUCAACUUCAGCAAUGAGCUGGUUUCCUAUCACCGUGACACCACCUGCCAGAAGGAAGGAGCUGUCCCAUCGUCAGUGCCUCCUGCUGCCACCACUGCCUGGGUGCAGCCCGUGCCCCAUGCCAUAAACCUCCAGGGAGAGCACAGCAGUGAGGAAAUGUCUAUGGAGAAGAGGGCUGUGACUUCUCAGACUGCCCUUGGCAGCAGCCCCAGCAGUUGUCAAGUGCCAGCUAUUCUGCAAUUGGAUUGCAAGGCAAAGCCAUCCCUGUGAACUGCUGCCCCCUGUACAGGACUUGGUCAGUGUAAGGGACCCCCUUGUC